AUGUCCCAUAUAAAAUCAGGAAAAGACAAUAAUUUUUUUAUUGCCGCUUUAAAUAUAACAUUAGCAGUAUCUGCAUAUUGGAUAACAUCAAUUGGUCUUGUGUUUGUAAAUAAAUAUUUAUUGAGUAGCCCUGAAUUAAAACUUGAUGCACCAUUAUUCAUAACAUGGUAUCAAUGUAUUUGUACUGUAGGAUUUUGUUAUUUUUUUGCAUUAUUACGAUCAUUAUUUCCAAAUAUUAUCAAAUUUCCAUUGAUGGAUUUUAAAAUAAGUGUAUCAAGAAAAAUAGCACCUUUAUCAAUAAUAUUUGUCGCAAUGAUUACAUUUAAUAAUUUAUGUCUUCAAUAUGUUGGUGUUUCAUUCUACUAUGUUGGAAGAUCAUUAACAACUGUAUUUAAUGUAGUAUGUAGUUAUCUUAUAUUAGGGCAAAAAACAUCAUACAAAGCUUUAUUAUGUUGUGGAUUAAUAAUAUUUGGUUUUCUUCUUGGUGUUAAUCAAGAAGGUGUCAGUGGAUCAUUAUCAAUAUUUGGUGUUAUAUGCGGAGUAUUAGCAUCAUUAUUUGUAGCACUUCAAUCAAUUUUUGUUCAAAAAAGUUUACCUGAAGUUAAUCAGUCUAUUUGGUUAUUAACAUUACAUAAUAAUAUUAAUGCAUGUAUAUUAUUUUUACCCUUAUUACUUGUAUCUGGAGAACUUGGUAGAAUUCCAUAUUUUGAAUAUCUAUGGACAUUUAAAUUUUGGUCAAUGAUGACAUUAUCUGGAUUUUUAGGUUUUAUUAUGGGUUAUGUUACAGGAUGGCAAAUACAAGUAACAUCACCACUUACACAUAAUAUAUCUGGAACUGCAAAAGCUGCUGCACAAACAGUUAUUGGAGUUAUAUGGUAUUCUGAAAUAAAAACAAUAUUAUGGUGGGCAAGUAAUAUAAUUGUUUUAGUAGGAUCAUGUUUAUAUACAAAAGUUAAAUCAACUGAAUUACGUAGUCGAAUAGAAAAUGAAACAUCUGCAGAUAAAGAAAAAAGAUCAAAUGUAGAAGAAUCUUCAUCAAAUUCUAGAGAUAAAAGAUUAAAAAUGGAAGAAUCUACUAUAAUAUCUGAAGAAAAAAGUAAAAUAUAA